GCCCUGUCGUGACUACUAGGGGGUAGUCGUGUCGGCAGCACCAUGCCGCAUCGAUGCCGCGGAUCCUGGCCGCAGCGACUGUGCUGCUCCUUCCAAGGCUCCUCCGACGCACGCUGCUGACUUGGGGUCCGCUGGCUCUUUCGAGAGCGGCGCAGGCCUCCGACUUGGUGACAUUGCCAGAGGUCGCCCGCUGCAACGGGCUCCAACUGCGGCCACAGCGGCUGAUCGGUGGAGGGGCACAGGGCUCAGUCUUCUUGACCCAGGCGGGUGCUGCCCACGUGCUGCCUGAGGUGAGUCGGCCCAGUACGGGUGCAUCCGUCUCCAGAGAGUGUGCCAUACUGCAGCGGCUGCAAGACGUGCCGAAUAUCGUGCGAUGCGUGGAAGAUUGUGUGGUGGAAGGCCGCAGGAGUAGCUUGCUUUGGCCAUACUUUGCAGCACCUGGGACCAGGAAUCCUCGUCGACGCUUCCAGGUCGACCACCAGCGUGGUGUCCUUGCUGCAGACUGCGGUGCAGUUGCUGAAGAAAGGGGUGGCGGUUGCAGAUGUUCAGGUGCUUCAGAAGAGCAACGGCGAGUUGCUGUGGAUUGAUUUCACUGAAGCAAAGCUCCUGGAGGAGGAGGACUUCGAAGUGGCUGCUCGCAACUUCGUCGCGGAGGUCUUUGCGCUGGUGCCUACGACUUCGCGACCUGCUGCCAUCCGAACGUUAGUCUCGUGCUGUGCAGAGGGAGGAGCAGGACGCUAUGGAUAUCUUUGGGCAGAGCUCCCUUGGUCAGAGGA